CCGGUGAGCUUCACACUUCGGGUGUACGUACACUUGCCUCUCUCCCAUGCACACCCUUUCGUCGGGCGAGAAACGAGCGCGGAUUUGGGAGAAACGCGUCGCAGGUUCUUCCGUCUCUUCCAGCCUCUCUCAUCAUCGUCUGUUUUGUGUCUCGGCUGGCUUACGCUUCGUCGAGUGGAUGCACAGCGUUUUACAACGGCUGCUGUCCGCUUUCGUGAAGUUUUCUCCUCGACACCAGACAGAUCUGCCGGUGCUCGUGACCUCUCUCUGCUGGUAGAUAACUUUUUCUGCGUCCCCUGCCUCCCGUCGAGCUCUCUGCCUGGCGUGGGCUUCCUGAUUUUCCCUCUUUCCGUCGUGUCCGCGGUGUAUGUACACCAUGUACUACACCCCAGGAGCCGGGAUGUGAGCAUCUCGAGAAAGCCCCCGCGUCGGCCGCUUGUUCCGGGAAGGAAGCCCCUUGCGUCUCGUGUGUGCUCGCGUUUUGCGCCGAUUCGAGUGAAGGCGCUUGCCAGAAGCAGACUGCGCUUUGUCAGUGUCUCGUUUCCUCUCUGCGUUCGACUUUUCGCUGUCGUUGCCUCCUCUGGUUUCCAUCCCAACUUAGAGGGUCGAGCGAAUCCGAGAAGGCAUCACUGUUUCUGUCUGCGUGAAAAAGAAUUCGACUCCAACGGUGGCCGUCCAGGCACAUCCCUUCCUCGCGAACAGUAUCGCUUCUUCGUUUCGAUAGUCUCGCAAAUAUAAGCGUCAUCGGACAAGCUCCUUGGAUCCCACGGCGUGUAUUUCUUCGCGAAGCCUUCGGCAUCUUUUCUCCGUUUUUCCGCAUUGUCUCCUUGCUUCGACUCUUCCUCUCUGCGACUCCCCUCCCUCCGCGCCUGUCAAAACCGCCUUCGCGCGUCUCUUUUCUCUCUCUCUUCCGGUUCUGCGCAGUUUCUCUGCCUCAUGCAAGACCAAGAUGUCUCUCUCCCCUCUGUCGAGACUCUUCUCUUUCCAGUAGCUUCCCCCGCGAUCUCUCGUCUUCUCUCCCUCUGAUCGCUCUUCCUCUUCCCCCGGUCUCUCUCGCUUCCUCUCCGCCUGCGUGUCUCCUCUCUGACUCUCCUGCGUUUGCGCCUGCCCUCAGAUCGCUCGCUGCACCAUGCUGAGCUCCGGAGCACGACCGGGAUUCUUCAUGCCUUCCGGAUCGAGUGUGUCUGCUCAAGCGUCUCCCGCAGUUCUCUCGCCUCCGGUCGUGGAAGUCGCCGCCAGUGGACUGCAGCUGCUCCAGCAGGAGGUGGUGAGCUACGCAGCGCGCCGCAGCCGAGGCGACCGCGCGGAGACCGUCGCGGUCCUCGAGGCAGCGGGCUUCCAGAUCGGCGUUCGACUCCUCGAGCGGCUUUCGCUGCGGCUCUCCACGCGCAUGUGGGAACAGCGGGAGUGUCUCAAAUUCGUCUGCAAAGAUCUGUGGCAAGUUCUCUUCCAGAAACAGGCAGACCGCCUGCAGACCAAUCGCCGCGGCGGAUACGUCAUCCAGGACCACGACCUCCCCUGGCUCCGACGUCUGCGCCCCGCGGACGCGAAAGAUCUGCUCGCCGGGUGUACGUACACCGGAGUCCCCGCAACACGCGCCGACGGACGCGAGCGAGUCGAGGGAGUGGACGCGGCCGGCGCCGUCGCGGCACUCUGUCAAGAGCCUCUCGUCCACGUUUCUCUGCUCUCUGGAAUCAUUCGCGGCGCGCUCGCGAAUAUGGGUCUCAGCUGCACCGUCACUGCAGACGCGGCUGCCAGUCCCUGCUGCUCCUUCCAGAUUCGCAUUCCCUCCUGAAAGAGAGAGGCCGCGAGAGAGAGAAAGAGGUCAAGAACGAGAGAGAGAUUGAGAACGAAAGAGAGCUCUAGGCAGAAAGAAAGAAGACUGGCAGACAGUGGGCGAGCUCAAGGGAGAGAGAUUGGUGGAGAUUAAGAGAGGACAUGAAGCAGAGGGACGAAGGAUAACGUGGAAGAGAAGAGAAGCGAAGAAGACAAGGGAGGUCCGCCGACUUAUGUCUCGACAGGUUGAGUCCGAGAGGCUCAAGAACAGCGGGAGGACGCGUGGAAGAGGACGCAGAAAGUGCAGUUUUGAGAGGACCGUCUUCGGACUGCGCGGGAAGCCCCGGCACCUGAGAGAGGCCGAGUGUGGAAAUACACCGGAGAAGGUUGCGAAGACUUCUUCCUCAAACGGCAGCGAUCCGAAAUUCCUUUUCAUACUCAGGUCUCGCGAGAGCGUGGGGUGUUUUUUGUGCUCAAGAGAAGGCAUUCUGGGGCUUUCUCCGUCCAUUUCGCG